CAACACUGACAAGAGGGAUAUGAAAGGGCCAGUUCCUCUUUUUUUUGCAUGUUGAAGGUUCACAUCUGCUAGAUAUGUGUUUGUUUACAGGUCAAUAUAGUCAUUUGAGAAGCUGAAAUUGAAUGUACGGACGGAUAUUGCUAACAAGUAGUCCACUGCAAAAGCAAGAUGACUGCUGUUUUAGUGUUGCUUAUGGUAGGGCUGGUUUCUUGCAGUAUUGUCUGUCCAGACGGGACAGAAUGUGAAGACAAAAAUACUUGCUGCCCAACUAAGACGGGAUAUGCAUGCUGCCAAUAUCCAUCUGCUGUUUGCUGUCCAGACAAGGCCCACUGCUGUCCACAAGACUACCAGUGUGACCUAGAGACUCAGCUGUGUAAGAAAAAGGGGCUUCCAUGGUAUAGAAUCCCUCUUUCUUCUCAGAUAGCUGCAGAGGAGGAAGAGAAAAGAGCUCCUGUUGCUCUUGUGAAAUCUGACAAUCCUUCUCUCUCUGUGGUUCACUGUGACAACUUCUAUACCUGCCCUGAUGGUACAACGUGCUGCAGGUCUCCUUUUGGGCAGUGGUCAUGCUGCAUAUACAGUGUGGGUCAGUGCUGCCCUGAUGGCAUCCACUGCUGUCCCUUUGGUUAUCGCUGUGACAGCACAUCCACCCACUGUUUUAGGGGAGCACUGAGACUUCCUGCAUCUCCACAGAUUGCUGCGAUGCAGAGCAACACCAUUCAGGAUCAGUGCUGUCAGAGUGACACAGGUUGCUGUCCCAUCGGGUUUCACUGUGAUGAGGAAGUCUGCAUUACUGACUUUGACAAUACUGCAUGAGUGACUUUGAUUUUCUUUAAAAAGAAGGCUAGGUUCAGAAAAAAAAGCAAUAAUCAUUUACUGUAUUUUAUUUAAGCAACAAGUGUAUUACUUUAUUAUGCUCCAUGGUUCAAAAAAUUUUUAUGCCACAAUAAACAGGAACAGUUACAUUGAAUUUUAUUAAGUUCUCAUUUUGAAGAAACAAGAAAUAAAUUACAAAAAUAAAUGACUGAAAAUGAGUAAAAAAUGUAAAUGAUGCAAAUAGAAAUUAAUCUUAAAAAAUGUUAUUCACAAAAUUGUAUGCGCAUUAUUUCUAGUUUAUGAUUCUUUAUUGAAUGUUGCAUAAUAUUCAAUAACUUCUGUCUUUAUUAAUUUUUAUUUUAUUUCUGAUAUUUUUUAUUUCUCUAUUAAUUAUUAUUUUCUGUUAUUUCGGUUUUUUAAAAAAAUCCUUUUUAUUCUUUACAUCAAUAUCUGUUCAUUUAUGCAUUACUUUCUCUUUAUGAUAAUGAGACAAAUAGCCUAUGCCAGGGGUUCCCAAACUUUUCCAGGGCAAGACCCCCCAAAUAGCAUUAACAUUUGACCGAGGCCCCACUUUUGCAAGAUGUCUUUAAAACACAUUAAAAAUACAGACUUCUGAAUAUAUUCCACUUUUUUAAAUUAAUAAUUACAUCUUACAUCUUUACAUUACAUUACAUUAGGAAUUGAUUGUGUGUGUGUGUGUGUGUGUGUGUGUGUGUGUGUGUGUGUGUGUGUGUGUGUGUGUGUGUGUGUGUGGUGGUCUGAAAAAAAAAACAUGUAAAAAAAAAUCAUCAAUCAAAUCAAUUCACACCAAAUUGUUGAGGUCCCCCGGGCGCCCCCUAGCGGCCCCCACUUUGAAAACCAAAGGCCUAUGCCGCCGCGCCUUAUUGCUCACAGAUAUUAUACUGUGCAGGAGACACAUAACUACGGAAGCCCUAAGCGGCCAUACAUUAUUACUUUUUUUACUGUUGUUUUCUCGUGAUCUCGACAUAAUAAAAGUUGUUUUCUUGUUA